AUGUCUGGCACAUCAUCAGAAUCGGGCGAAGGGUCCGCAAACACGGCCACUCAAUCCCCUAUUAGCGAGAAGAUGGAAUACCCGGGCUUUAAAAAGAGAAUAGUCAUUAUGGCGGCCGUGUACCUGGCCCUGUUCUUGGUGACUCUGGACCAAAACAUCAUCGCCACAGCCAUCCCGAGAAUUACAGACGAGUUCAACUCUCUGGGCGACGUCGGCUGGUACGGAACGGCCUAUAUCCUGUCCAUGUGCAGCCUCCAGCUGCUCAUGGGGAAAGUCUACAAGUUCUACGCUGCCAAGCCCCUGUUCCUCGCCGGGUGCGCCCUCUUCGAGAUUGGCUCAGCCAUCUGCGGCGCCGCGCCCAACUCGAUCGCCUUCAUCCUCGGCCGCGCCAUCUCGGGCGUGGGGUCCUCGAGCAUGUUCUCCGGCGUCAUGGUCAUCAUGUUCCACACCAUACCGCUGCAGCAGCGGCCCAUCUACCAGGGCUUCUUCGGGGCCGUCUUUGCCGUCGGGUCUGUCAUCGGGCCGCUCGUGGGAGGCACGUUCACGGACAAGGUGACCUGGCGGUGGUGCUUCUACAUCAACCUCCCCGUGGGCGCCGUGUCGAUCCUUGUCACUGCGCUCUUCCUCGACCUGCCCGGCCAGCGACUGGACGCCCGACCCGACGGGUGGAUCGCCAAGGUGAAGCAGCUCGACCCCCUCGGCAACCUGGUCUUCCUGCCCGGCAUCGUCUGCCUCGUCCUGGCGCUGCAGUGGGGCGGCACCGAGUACCCCUGGGACUCGGCACGCGUCAUUGUCCUGUUCGUCCUCUGCGGCGUCUUCUGCUGCGCGUUUGGCGGCGUCCAGGUCUGGAAGGGGGAAAAGGCGACGGUCCCUCCCCGCAUCGUCACCCAGCGCAGCAUCGCCGCGGCCAUCUGGUUCGGCUUCUUCAACGGCGCGGGGCUGAUGGUCAUGCUCUACUACCUCCCGAUCUGGUUCCAGGCCGUCAAGGGCGUCAGCGCCAUGAAGUCGGGCAUCAUGCUCCUGCCCAUGGUCCUCUCCACCGUCAUCGGGUCUCUCUCCACCGGCUUCGCCAUCUCCCGGGUCGGGUACUACGCGCCCUUCUUCCUCGUCAGCUCCGUCUUGGUCCCGCUCGGCGCCGGCCUCCUGACGAUGUUGACCCCGUCGAGCGGGCACCCCGAGUGGAUCGGGUACCAGGUCAUUUUCGGCCUGGGCGUCGGCGUGGGCACGCAGCAGCCCCUGGUCGUCGCGCAGACGAUCCUGGACAGGUCCGACAUCGCUACCGGAACCUCUAUCGUCACCUUUACGCGCUUCGUCGGCUCGGCCGUCUUCCUCCCGGUGGCGCAGAACGUGUUCAUCAACGGGCUGGUCAACAGGCUGUCCAACCUCCCCGGCAUCGACCCGCAGGCUGUGAUCAAGGGCGGCGCGACGGAGCUGAGGAGUCUCGUGGGCAGUGACGAUCUGGCAGUGAUGCUCUCCGACUACAAUGCCGCCGUCAUCGACGCCUUCUACAUCGCAGUCGCGACUAGCGCCGUGACCAUUUUCGGCAGCGUCUUUGUCGAAUGGCGCAGCAUCCACAAGAAGGCCGAAAGGGCCGGCUCGAGCAGUCAGGAGAGGGUGUGA